GAGCCAGAGCCGGGGCCAGGGCUGAGGCUGGGGCCUGUCUGAUCUUCAGCUGCGGGCAGGGGGCCCGAGGGCCGGCGGGCUGCGCUCUCCCCGCCGAGAGGAGGUUGCUCUGACUGGAAACAGCACCAGAUUGAAGGUUGCAACACUGUGUGGCUUUCUAGAAGAUGACCAUAGAGGAUAUCCCAGAACCUUCAUUAGAAGGGAAUUCCUUCAUCGAAAGAGAUCGAUUCUUAUUCCCAAACUGUGAAACAUCUGUUACUUUUUCUGUUGCUGCAGCACCAAUGCCUUUAGACUGUGAGUUUUCCUUCUUCGAUCCCAAUGAUGCAGAAUGCCAAGAAAUACUCUUCAACCCUGAAACAUCAGUUUCUGAAUUGUUUGCUAUCUUAAGGCAGUGGGUUCCACAGGUCCAGCAGAAUAUUGAUAUUAUUGGGAAGGAGAUCAUUAAAAGGGGUUGCAAUGUGAAUGACAGAGAUGGACUGACUGAUAUGACUCUCUUGCAUUACACUUGCAAAUCAGGGGCUCAUGGUAUUGGUGAUGUUGAAACUGCUGUAAAAUUUGCAACCCAGCUUAUUGAUUUGGGUGCUGAUACCAGUUUACGCAGUCGCUGGACAAAUAUGAAUUCCUUGCAUUAUGCUGCCUACUUUGAUGUUCCAGAACUUAUUAGUGUUAUUUUGAAAAAUGCAAAGCCAAAAGAUGUGGAUGCCACUUGCAGUGAUUUUGAUUUUGGAACAGCUUUGCACAUUGCUGCGUUUAACCUGUGUACAGGAGCUGUCAAGUGUUUACUGGAACAUGGAGCAAAUCCUGCCUUCAGGAAUGACAAAGGCCAGAUUCCAGCAGAUGUCGUUCCUGAUCCGGUAGAUAUGCCACUGGAAAUGGCAGAUGCAGCAGCCAGUGCAAAAGAAAUCAAGCAGAUAUUGCUGGAUGCAGUGUCUCUCUCAUGUGACAUCUCAAAAGCCAUAAUUCCAAACCAUGGGCAUAUCACAGGCAAGGCCAUGCUUUCAUCACUUGGCCUGAAACUGGGGGAUCGCAUUGUUAUUUCAGGACAGAAGGUCGGUACAUUAAGAUUUUGUGGCACAACAGAAUUUGCCAGUGGCCAGUGGGCUGGCGUAGAACUGGAUGAACCAGAAGGAAAGAACAAUGGAAGUGUUGGAAAAGUCCAGUACUUCAAAUGUGCUCCGAAAUAUGGUAUCUUUGCACCUCUUUCUAAAAUAAGCAAGGCUUCCAGUCACAAAAAAGCCUCUGUACGGAGUGCUUCCAUUCGAUCUUCACCUUUGGUCAAAUCCAAGAAAAUAGAUAUGACACACAUAACUUCCAAAGUGAAUUCUGGGCUAAAUAUGGCAAAAAAAGACAGUGUUUCUGAAACAGACUUGAUGGCUACUAAAAGGGAAAAAACUGGAUCUGCAAAAGAUGGUUUUCCUGUGUACAGCAGCUCUUCCUCUUCCAGUACUUCCUUGGAAGGCAAACAGAAUUACUCCAAGAAGCGGAACUCAACUGGCAGCAAUAAAAAGGCAGUGACUCGAGUGUCUUCUGCCUCAUCCAAAACCAGUGCUGGGCUGUCUAGUUCUCUGACCACAAGGAAAAAUCCUGUUGAUAAAGGAGAAAUUCAUGUUGGAGACAGAGUACUGGUGGUAGGACAGAGAAUAGGCACUGUUAGAUUCUGUGGGACAACAAAAUUUGCACCAGGAUUCUGGUGUGGAAUUGAGUUGGACAAGCCUCAUGGGAAGAAUGAUGGUUCUGUGGGAGGUGUUCAGUACUUCAGUUGUCUUCCUAGGUACGGUGUAUUUGCACCACCAUCUCGUGUACAGAGACUAACAGGUUCUCUGGAUUCUCUCACGGAGACAUCAUCGAAUAAAAUAAAUCACCCUUUUCCAGGUUUUAGACGCAGUCUGAGCACCACUUCUGCGUCCUCACAAAAGGAGAUAAAUAGAAGAAACUCCUUUGUUAGAUCCAAGAGCUCCGUGUUGCAGCGCAGCUGGAGCAAUACCACUACAGCGAGCACUGAGGGGCCAGUGAAGCUGCAUGAAGGCUCUCAGGUCCUUCUGACCAGCUCCAAUGAGAUGGGGACAAUCAGAUACAUUGGGACUGCAGACUUUGCACCAGGGAUCUGGCUCGGACUUGAACUCAGAAGUGCCAAGGGGAAGAAUGAUGGCUCUGUGGGGCAGAGGCGCUAUUUCACCUGUAAGCAGAACCACGGGGUCCUAGUGCGACCCAGCAGAGUGACCUAUCGUGGCAUUAGUGGGGCAAAGCUUGUAGAUGAUAUUUGCUGAGCCAAAAUGCACUCACAGAGUAGGAGAUGAGGAUUUAAAGCACACAAGACCCCAUCUAGAAUGCCAACUUAUUUUUACAUUAUUAUAGCUGCACUUGCAUUUUACAUAAGUAUGUAUGUAUGUUUGUGUAUACAGAAUAUAUAUUUUAAUAUAUAUAUAUAUAUAUAUAAAAUAACCAUAUAGAUUUAAAGAAGUUCAGUUGCAUUAAGAAGUGAAAACACUGUUUUCUUUCUCAGAGUGAAACAGCCCUGCCUGGGAAGGUUAUUGCAAAAGCAUCCUGGGUUUGAGAUGCUUUAUUAUUUGAAUAAUGUUCCAGUUAGAGAAUGUAUCUCCAACAUUCUCUGAAGUUGCUUGGUGAUUCAUGCAGUAUUUAAGUGAUUUUCCUCCCUGUAGUAAUGAACUCAAAUACACAUUGCCUGCUUUUGACAGAGGAGGUGGUUAAUGAGUGACAUUAGUCUGGUUACUGGGCACUUUGUCAAUUCCAAUACCAGCUGCUAGCAAUAAAAAGAAAAAAAACCCAACCAAAACUGCUUUUGCAAGCAGUUGUGAUGUAUUUUUAAAUUUAUCAUUCAGAUCCCUCCUCUUCUUUCUCCCUCCUGUUCUACCCUCCAGAACACAAAAGGGCUGAUAAAUACAAGGAUUUGCGGUUAUCCUAGUGAACAGCAGCAAUUCUAUUAAGUCAAAAGCCUUUUUUUUAUUGACAAGUUUUGAUUGACAAAUAUGCUGCAUGUCAGUCUGUGAAGUAAAAAGCACUUUUUGAUGUAUGCCUUUUAGAAAGAGCUAUGUAGAAACAGCACUCUUCAAAAUAAUGCACUUUGCACACUCCUGAAGAACUUUCUUUCAGUUUUAGGCUUUUCUUUUUUUGUUUGAUGUGCUACAGGUUACAAGUAUCACUUGACAAAUAAAUCCAGAGUGGAACUACAUGUAAGACCCUCAUAAAAAAAUAUUGUCUGUAUAAAUACAGCAGGGUAAUGGGUAAUUCUACCCAGUGGUAUGGGGUAUAUGCAGGGUUUUAGGCACUGUAUUAAAUAAUUUGAUUUGUUUGUGAUAGAUGUUUGUUUCCUUCUGCACAGUUUUCUAUAUAAAUUUCUUGUAAAAGUCUUAUGAUAAAUUAAGGGUAGUUUUUAGGUACAGUAUUGUAACACACCUUGAUGUGACCAUAUUUGCAUAUCAGCAUUUUAAAAAAGCUAAUAUUUUAUCCAUGUUUUAAUUGUAUAAUGUGUUUUAAUUGCGCAGCAUAUGUAAACAUUAUCUUAUCAGGAUGGUUUUGUGUUCCAGGAACAAUCUUUUUAUUCUUAAAUGAUUUGCUUGAGCAAGUGACACUUUAAAAUUACAUCAUAAUAUCCUAUUUUAGGCAGAAUUCUGCUGCUGAUAGCUUCUAAAUAUUGCUGUAGCUAUUUUUCCACAACUGUAUUUAAAGUAAUGCAUAGUGUAGUCUAACUUAAGAGAUUUUUGUUUUUUAAUAUAAAAGUUGUAAAUUUUGAAUGUAAAAAAAAAGAGGCUUUAUAUUUGAAGAUGCAGAUAUUCAGCGAUGUACUGAACUUUUCUUUGUACAAUAUCUGUUUCUUGCAGGUAUUAGUAAAAUGAAAUCCUGGUGAAUAGUUGGCAAAAUAGUUUUAUUAACUUGUAGAAUCACAGAAUGGUUUUGGGCUGGAAGGGACCUUAGAUAUUAUCUAGCUCCAAACCCCCUGCCCUGGGCAGAGACACCCCCCACUAGGCCUGGUUGCCCAAAGCUCCAUCCAGCCUGGCCUUGAACACCUCCAGGGAGUGUGCAUCCGCAGCUUCCCUCAGCAACCUGUUCCCCAGUCUCACCACCCUCACACUAAAAUAUUUCUUCAUUAUGUCAAACCUGUAGCUACCUUCUCCCAGCUUGAAACCAUUUCCUCCUGUCUGAUCACUUUAUGCCCUUGUAAAAAGUCCCUCCCCAGCUUUCCUCUAUCCCCUUCAGGGGCUGGAAGGCUGCUAUAACAUCACCCCAGAGCUUUUUCUUCUCUAGGCUGAAUAACUCCAAUUCUCUCAGUCUGUCAGGACUGUUACCAGUACAGAGCUGUUUUGGUAGCUGUUUCUGCCAGAAAGUAAACAGCACUGCAAAUUCAUGUGGUGGGAAACAGAAGUCGAGCAAUCCCUCCGUUCCAGAAGGGAUUACUGAUGGCUGUCUUAAAAUUGGUGAUAUAAAGGAUUUGUGCUUCCUGAAAUCUGAGGUAAAUUGCCAUAAUCCUUUUCUGCAACUCCUACAGGAUGUCACUCUGUGUCUUUAAAAAAAUUCUGGAAAUAAAUGAUACUUUUACAUUUGUAAUUAGGUGCUGUGCUGAGGUCUAUAUAAUCACAGCCCCAGACUGGUUAGAAAGAAUACAAAUUAUUCUCAAAGUCUCUAUAAGCCACAUGAAUAAAAUAUUACCUGGUUGAUAACUAAAUUAGCAGAUGGUGUCCAGCAAUUCUUAGCUGUGCUGGUGCAGACUUUGAGGCUGGUCCUUGUUUUACAGCAUGUCUUGGGUCUGGUUUCAGAAAAUGUACUUCUUCACUGCUCUCAGCAAUGAAAACUUCUAAGCUUUAUUGGACACUGGCUGGAAAGGAGGGGUCACAGUUGUGGCACGAGAAGGAGGAUGACCUAAUCUUCAGGUGUCUCAGGAUGGGGAUUUCUAGUCAGUUCAGUCCAGUUGGAUUCAGGGAUUGCUUUGCAGAUGUUGACAGUAAUCGUUUUCUGGGCAGGGAGCCUGUGCUAUUAAAUUCUUGCUAUUCCGCCAGAUCUGAGGCACAAGGACCCAAAACUGGCACUGCAGAUUUGCAAAACAUGGCCUAGUUUCUCUGGGAAGUUAGCUCUUCUACCUGUGAGAGUGCUGCAUGGGUGUCAAGUCCAGAAUUUACAUCAUGACUUUUACACCAGGUAGAAACUGUAGUCGUAUCCAUGAAAACCAUAUUGCAAGUACUCACCUGCACCCUUUUUCUUUCCUAAGUGUGGACAGACAAGUCUGGAAAAAAUGGAAAUUAGAGCCUGCUGGAUACCUGCUCAGGCAAAAAAGUCUUGUUGACUAAAUCAGCACUAUCCUGCAGAAGAAUGAGCAUGUGGCUAAGUACGUGAAAGGGACUAAGGCUUAUUUAUGAGUCAGCCCUAAUUUCAAGAAAAGCACCUACCUGUAUCAUAGGACUGGUGUGGAGAGGAUACAGCUUGUAAUUCAAUCAACUCAAAGCCCAUGUCCAGACUCAAAGGAAAGAAAAAUGUGUCUUAGGAUUUAUAUGUUUAGGAAUUAAAACCCCAAAAUACUCUUUUCAACAACAGACCUUUUUUUCCUCUUUUUAUUCUGGUCAGUUGCCUGUUGGUAAAAGCUAGCCUUGGUGGUUUAUAAUAGGAGGAAUGGCAGCUUUCUUUGUAAUAAACUUGGAGAUACGAGAAUUGCAGUGCAAACAAGUCCUAAACACACCCCUGCUAGCCAGAACAGUGGCUGGCUGUUUAACGCCACACUGACUCCUUCGUUUGGUGUGCACCUUAGUACUUUUGUAACUUUACCAAGUAAAAAUUGAGGUUCAGAGACCUCCCUCUGACACUGAACCAAUCAUUACACAGCCCAACAUGGAGAAAGCCAGAUAUAGUGAUUUUAUUUGUCUUCAUGCCUUGUGGUUCACUACACUUGUUUACAAUACAAAUACACUAUUCAAUACAAAAUAUUCAAUGACCAUAUAUUAGUAUAUUUCUCCAUAGUAUCCCUGAAGUGCACAGGCCCUUCCUCAAUAAGCAAUGCUGCACAAACUGCUGUACAUGAGACAGACACUCCUGUAAUGGUAUUUUGUUAC